CGCCUCACCAGAUGACUAGAGAGGAAAACAGCCCUCCAGACCCCAGAACACCUCACCAGGUGACUAGAGAGGAAAACAGCCCUCCAGACCCCAGAACACCUCACCAGGUGACUAGAGAGGAAAACAUCCCUCCAGACCCCAGAACACCUCACCAGGUGACUAGAGAGGAAAACAGCCCUCCAGACCCCAGAACACCUCACCAGAUGACUAGAGAGGAAAACAGCCCUCCAGACCCCAGAACACCUCACCAGGUGACUAGAGAGGAAAACAGCCCUCCAGACCCCAGAACGCCUCACCAGGUGACUAGAGAGGAAAACAGCCCUCCAGACCCCAGAACACCUCACCAGAUGACUAGAGAGGAAAACAUCCCUCCAGACCCCAGAACACCUCACCAGGUGACUAGAGAGGAAAACAGCCCUCCAGACCCCAGAACACCUCACCAGGUGACUAGAGAGGAAAACAUCCCUCCAGACCCCAGAACACCUCACCAGGUGACUAGAGAGGAAAACAGCCCUCCAGACCCCAGAACACCUCACCAGGUGACUAGAGAGGAAAACAGCCCUCCAGACCCCAGAACACCUCACCAGGUGACUAGAGAGGAAAACAGCCCUCCAGACCCCAGAACACCUCACCAGGUGACUAGAGAGGAAAACAGCCCUCCAGACCCCAGAACACCUCACCAGGUGACUAGAGAGGAAAACAGCCCUCCAGACCCCAGAACACCUCACCAGGUGACUAGAGAGGAAAACAGCCCUCCAGACCCCAGAACACCUCACCAGGUGACUAGAGAGGAAAACAGCCCUCCAGACCCCAGAACACCUCACCAGGUGACUAGAGAGGAAAACAGCCCUCCAGACCCCAGAACACCUCACCAGGUGACUAGAGAGGAAAACAGCCCUCCAGACCCCAGAACACCUCACCAGGUGACUAGAGAGGAAAACAGCCCUCCAGACCCCAGAACACCUCACCAGAUGACUAGAGAGGAAAACAGCCCUCCAGACCCCAGAACACCUCACCAGGUGACUAGAGAGGAAAACAGCCCUCCAGACCCCAGAACACCUCACCAGGUGACUAGAGAGGAAAACAGCCCUCCAGACCCCAGAACACCUCACCAGGUGACUAGAGAGGAAAACAGCCCUCCAGACCCCAGAACACCUCACCAGAUGACUAGAGAGGAAAACAGCCCUCCAGACCCCAGAACACCUCACCAGGUGACUAGAGAGGAAAACAGCCCUCCAGACCCCAGAACACCUCACCAGAUGACUAGAGAGGAAAACAGCCCUCCAGACCCCAGAACACCUCACCAGGUUUUUGCCCAUUUCCCCAAUCACCAGGCCCAGAGAUGGACUUAG